UACCCCGCAUCUCACCCCAUCGCGCUUGCUCAGCUCCUCCGUCUCGCUCCCACGACAGCCUCGCAGUGAUCUUGAAGCCAUGUCAAAGCCAACCCAACGCAAAGGAAAGGGCUCCAAAAAGGAGUCGCAAAAGCCGCUCCUCGAGAUCUCUGAGGAGGAGCAGCGUCGCAUCAUCGAGCAGACAGGCAUCCUGCACAAGCUCAAGGACAGCAGCGACAACAGCCAUGGCGAUGCCGAUGCCGACGCCGACGCCGACGCCGACUCGGAGCUGGAGCAGGACCCUUCCUUCGAGGGCUUGCCGAUCUAUGUCCAAACCCUCGUCAUCGGCAUCCCCCUCAGCGUCCUCUACGUCGGGCUCGACUAUCUCCUGCACGUCCAGUACGACGUCCUUUCGUCGUUCUACAGCCUCGAUCGGGUUGUCCAAGCACAUCUCCCGACCAUCGUCUCCCUCUUUGUCGUCAUCUACAUCUCCUCGCUCUUCAAGAAGCUGUUUGUCACUCAGGUGGCCUUCACUCUCGGCUCGAUCUACGCUGGCUAUUCCCUCGUCUAUAUCUCCGUCGAGGAUGAUCGGCUCGGCCAGAUGCUCAAGACUCCCGGCAUUGCCGCGCUGUGGAUCUACAUGACCAUCCAGAUGCGGCUGGAGUUUGCCAUGCUCUCCGGCCUGAUCGUCUACCUCUACUACAACCGCGGGUGGUUUACCGGCGAGAACUCGAUCGCCAGCAAUCUCAACUAGAGCAUGUGUGUGUGACGACCGCUGGCUGGCAUAUGCGGUCUGUGCGAUGACUG